AUGGUAUCAAUCUCCUCGAUGACGGCGCCAACCGUGCGUUCAACCUUAGUGACAAUGAUCUGCAUUUCGUUGACAUCCUUCUGCAACGCCAGGCCCUUCGUCACGCUAUGGGCCUCACCAAAGGCCUCGAUAGCGUCGGGAUCCGCAGCCGCGUCGAACCUGACGAGCACAUUGCGGACGUCGUCCGGCGCGCCGCCCUUAACCGGCUUCCUCUGGAACACGCACAGCUUAUACUCCGAGGGCGUGGACACGUUGUCGUGGCCAUGGUGCGGGCCGCGCGGAGCAACGAGGGUGAACUUGUCGUGCUCGACCUCCGGCUUGGAGUGCAGGAUCUCGUUGGUCGAGCCGACGAGGACCCAGAAGCCGACCGGCAUGUCGCCCGGGCCGUCGCAUGAAGCAUUGCGUGCCGCCGCGCCGCAUGAGGAAGAUGAUGUGGUCGGGCUCUCCGCACGUGGCGGAGAGGAGGAGGAGCAGCGCUAGCGCGCGGAGGGGGGACGGAGAAAAGCAUGGCGGCGCGGCGCGGCGGGAGGGGCGAGGUCGGAUGGGGACCGGCCCCUCGUGGAAGAGGGGCGACCACAUCGAGAUGCGGCCGCGGGAGGGCGGGGGCAAUCGCAGCAGUGGGGGAUGCGCUUCACGCAGGCUGGCGGAUGGAAGGCAGAG